AUGACCCUCGAUAAGGGUGGUUUGUCCAGUUCAAAUAUAUCUGUGGAGCAGCAGAUGCGAUUUCUCGCAUGUUACAACACUAUUCUAGAUUUUGUUCCAGGCUUCUGUGCGAAUCUUGACAACUUGUCAUAUGAUGAGCUCAAACCUUACAUUACAGUGAUCAAUAGUUCAAUGAGCUCCCAACACUCUGACAAUUUUUCAUCCCUGAAGUACUCAAUGCUUGAGUACAUUCUUGCCAACCACAGCACUGAUACCCUCCAACCUCCGAAAUGGCUUGAUGAAUUUGACAAAGAUACCAACCUAGGGAUACAACGUCUGCAAGAUGGAGGAUGGCCUCUGCUUGCUAUGAACUGGCCAUCCUUUCUGUAUCCUGCUGAUGCUGCUUGCAACGCAGAAGAUCUGAUCACUGGCCUAUUCCGUGGACAUGCAGGUAUCAGGGCAUUUCAGCAUCUAUACUUAGGGCCUGCUGCUGCAGGAUCACAAGAUAAUGAUGAUGAAGACAGCAAGCAUGGCGGAGGAAAGUCAAAGUGCACCAUGUACGGGCUAACAAAAGUGACACUGCAGUCAUGGGCCUGGGCUGUGUGUGUGGCAUGGUUCUCCCUAUGCAACUGCAACUCCUACAGGCUUACCAUUGGCUCAUUCAACCUUGAAGAGUUCACCAUUGUCAAGACACUCGAUGAUACCAAGGAUCCAUGGGCAGUGGAAACACUCAAAUGGAUCAACGAACAGGUAUUUGGCCAACAUGCAGCCAAGGCAAUGAUGGCCACUUCAAAUGAUGCUGACUCUGAUCUUGCAAAAAUGAGGGUGAAACACGCUGCCCACAAACAAGGGGCCCCCUUGACUGCAGCAACUAGCAAUUUUGUUGCCAGUGCUCUGCCUCAUCUUCCUCCUCCAAAGCCCACUGCAAUUCCUCCCCCAAGUCACUGUCCCAUCACUCCACCUAGUAGACUAUCGUCUCUCGCUUCAUCUUCGCCAUUGUCACUCCCACCAUCCUUGAAGCAAGGCACUUCCAUUGCAAAACCUGCCAACUCUGAACCUGCUGCUGCUCCUUCUGAACUUGUCACCACUCAUGAUUCUCCUGCUGCUCCAACCAAUCUUGAACCACCUCUGACUGCACGACCAAAGGUAGUCCCAAGACCCAAGCCUACAAAGCCAAAGUCAAGUGUCCGUCCCACACGUCUCAUUGCUAGCUGUGCCAAAGUCAAAGAACCAGCUCCUGUUGUACCUCAGAAGAAAAAGUCUGCACCUCACCAUGGUAGAAAGGCGGAUUAG